AGGCUAUAAUUGCAGUACUGCAGAUGACUGGGAAAAAUAUGGUAAAAAUAAAAAUAUUUCAUAAAUUAUUUGUUAUUGGUAAAUUAUAUAUUUUUUAAAACCAUGACUGUUGGGAAUCGUUAUUGGGUGGCUCUGUUUUCUCAAUUACUUGUUUUAUCUGCUAGUGUUAUUUUGUUUUUGAUUCCAAUUUAUCUGCUUUGGAGUCACAUCACUUUUGAGCAAAAUCAUUUAUCUAAUUAUAAACCUCAUGUGGUUGCAUUAAUAUUGGCUCGAGGAGGUAGCAAAGGAAUACCGAAAAAGAAUUUAGCAGAAAUACAAAACUCUACAUUACUCCGAAGAUCUUUAGACACCAUUAAUAAAUGUGGACUGUUUCAGGAUAUUUGGGUGUCAACAGAUGACAAAGAAAUAGCUGCUGAAGCUGAAUUAGGGGGUGCCAAAGUUUUUCAUCGUAAUGCAGCAACAGCUUCAGACGAAGCAACAUCACUUAGCGCGGUUAAAGAAUUUAGUAUGUACCAUCAAAAAGUUGACAUUUUCGCCGUGAUACAGUGUACCUCUCCAUUUAUGACGGUUGAAUAUCUAACUAGAGCCUAUAGAAUGGCAGUGCAUCAAAAAUUUGAUUCUGUAUUUUCAGUAACACGUAGCCAUAAAUUACGUUGGAAACUUGAUUCUGAUGGUCAACUGCAACCAUCUAAUUUCGAUGUUACCAAACGACCUAGAAGACAAGAUUGGGAUGGUGAAUAUGUGGAAAAUGGAAUGUUUUAUUUUGCGCACAAAAAACUUAUUGUAAAUAAUAAACUCCAAGGGGGAAAAUUGGGUGUUGUUGUUAUACCUAUGAAUAGAAGUUUGGAAAUUGACACACCAUUCGAUUUGCAAGCAGCUCGCCUUUUAGCUCCAUUAUUGGAUACAUCGAAAAAUACUACUGAAAAUUCUAGCCAAAUUACCAAAAAAUCACAAGUCAAUUGAAAAAUAUGAGGCAAAUAAGUUCUUUUAUUGAUUAAAAUGUAAUGUAUUUGUAAAUAUUA